CCUAAUCAACCAAGCCAGACUUAUUCGCAAUCCACUAUCAUUCCUCAUUUACGAUGAAGGUUGCAGUAGUCGGCUCGGGUGUCUCAGGACUGGCAGCGACUUGGCUGCUGAACGAACACAGCGACCACGAGGUCCAUCUAUUUGAAGCGGACACACGCGUUGGUGGACAUGCCAACACUGUGAGCUUCGAGCAACCAGGUGCGAAGGGGGCCCCAGGUGUGGAUGUCGAUACAGGCUUUAUUGUCUUCAACCCCUCCACCUACCCCAACUUCCUACGGUUCCUCCAUCUCUACCCGGAGCUGAAAGCUGCAGUGCAGCCGACGGACAUGACAUUCAGUGUAUCGCGCGAUGACGGUGUAUUUGAGUGGGCAGGCAAGGGCCUCGGCUCGUUGUUUUGCCAGUCGAUGCGCGUGUUUGACCGGAGCAUGUGGAGUAUGAUAUACGAUAUCUUCAGGUUCAACGCAUGCGCGCCGAGACGUUUUGGAGAAGAGAAGGGGGAAGAGCUGUCCAUUGGGGAGUACCUCAAGAAGGAGGGAUACUCAGAUUCGUUCAAGGACAAUUACUUGAUCCCUAUGACUGCAGCGAUAUGGAGUACACCACCAGAUAUUUGUGCGCUCGACUUCCCAGUUCGAACACUGGUUCAAUUCAUGAGCAACCACAAUCUGCUACAAAUCACUGGCAAACCGUCCUGGCUUACGCUCCGCGGUGGCAGUCGAGUGUACGUCGAUAGAAUUGUCUCUUCCCUUCCCCCGUCCCACCUGCAUCUCGCCUCGCCCGUCCGCGCUGUAUCAACCUUUCCGACGACUACGCCGUCCCCACGAACCUCCAAAGCAAAGCACGAAGUACAUCUACAGCUCGCAAGCGGCGUCGUGGAGGUUUUUGACCAUAUCAUCCUCGCCUGUCAUGCUGACUCCGCCCUUGAGAUCUUGCACCAAGGUAAGUCAGUCGGUGGGCCAAGCGAUGAGGAGCAGAGGGUAUUAGAGAUGUUCAAAUUCAACCAGAACGAAGUAGUACUGCAUUCAGACGUCAGGCUGAUGCCGAAGAAAAGGGCAGCUUGGAGCUGCUGGAAUUACUUGACUUACUCAGAGGUCGAUAAUGAGACGGGCAAGAGUAAGGCAAACGUCAACAAGGUUGCCUUAACAUACUGGAUGAACGACCUGCAGCACAUCUCUGAGAAGAAACAUGGUCCAGUCUUUGUAACAUUGAACCCGCCAUUCGAACCUGCGCCGGACAAAGUCGUCGCGAAGUUCAAAUACGAACACCCGGUUGUGGACUCACGGGCGGUUACAGCGCAGCGUCUCAUAUCCUCGAUUCAGAACGUUCGAGGUAUCAGCUACGCAGGCGCUUGGCUCAAGUAUGGAUUCCACGAGGACGGCUUCACGACUGGUCUUCGGGCUGCUCUAGCUCUACAAGAACACACGCCGAACGGGGACGCCAUCCGUUGUCCGUUCGACGUUCGGGACGCGGAACAUGAGCCAAGGACGAAUACGUUCGCAGUGUUGUUCUUUGGCGUGCUUGAACAAACGGGUACUAGAGUGGGUUUAGGGCAUGUGUUAGGUUUUCUGUUGGAUGUGCUGAGUGCACUGUUGUAUGUGAUGUUCAGCAGCAUAUCAUGAGUGCUCUGCUGCGCAUGAUGGUUCGUAGAUGGAAACUAGAUUGAGUUGCAGAGAAAAAGUACGGCUACCAUCCGAUGUGAAUUUCUUCAUGUGCUGCGAC